AAUAAUGUUUUGUGAUUUGUUGGUAUAUUUGUCAGCUAUUUGUGGUUGCAACAAUCAGUUCCACCUUCAGACAAGUCUGCUUGCCUCACUGAGCUUUAGAGGCCAUCUGACUUCCUCUGACUUGUGAUAAUGAGAUCAACGGGGAUUGAUGACAUCACUGGCCACCAGGCUCAAGCUAAAAACUAAAAAAAAAAAAAAACACCAGGUGUGUGUCUUAAGAAAACAAGGGGACAGGAAAAAAGAGCUCAGUCCACCGAGUCAGACGUGGAGAAGUGCAGAUGUUCUCCUAGGAGACAAUUAGAGAUUUCUUGGACUGCUGAGAGUCCCACCAUUUAACAGCCGAGAUGGCUCGGGAUAUGUCCGAUAAGGACAUCAUGAAAAUGGAGCUGGAGCAGCUGCAGCAAGAAGUAAACAACACCCGGAUUGCAAUUUCAACAACUGCCCCUGAGAUUAUCUCCUUUAUUGAGUCCCAGUCUGCAGACGACCCCUUAAUCAAAGGGGUUCCUGAAGACAAGAACCCAUUUAAGGAGAAAGGAGGCUGUGUUAUUACAUAGCGAUGUCUUCUUAUUAAAGGCUUUCUGAAGGGCUUUUCACAGGUCUUACGCAUCGCCUAAGUUCUACAGGCACGAGACACUCCUUCAUAUCCCAGUAAUCUUCAUGGAUCUUUUUCUUUCAUGUGGUAAUUCAAUGUGAGUGGACAAAUGAUGAUGUAAAUCUAAAAUGUAGAAAGCUGCUUUGUCACAAUACUCCUUGUUAAAAAUCACUAUAUCAAUAAAAUUUGA